UAUACAUGGCUGGAAGGGAAUACUUGCUAUGAGCUACCCCUUACUUCAACAUAAGCACGACUCACGUGAUAAUGCAGCACAAAGACGAUGUGAGCGCCAUGCCACCGCGGGGACGUCUACGGUAAACCUUCCAAUAGAAACCACCUCAUCAACUCUGGAAACGGUGACUCCUCCUCCAGGGACGUCAGUAUCUGUUGCCAGAACAACAACAUCCCAGGAAUUGACGUCAACAUAUAAAGAGGUAACAAGAGUGGAAAUGAUAACAUCAUCAGUCGGAAUGACUGUCGGAGCUUUUGAGAAGAUAACAACAAGUCCCCUUCGGAAUUCGACAGUCUCAUCUAUCCAGACAUGUAGCUGUCUACAGCGCAACUGUUCCCUGAAUCCUAACGAGGGAGAAAUGAAACGAAUUAUCGAAGCACUUCGUACUGAACUUCUAAUUCAACGCGAGAAAACAAAUAGAUACAAGCGUUCAUUAACAUCCGCGUGGGAUGGCCGGACAUCGGCCAAGGUGUUGGGCUACGGGGCAAGCAUCAUCCUCGGGGCGGUUGGGAUCGGGAUUGUGAUACUGGACUUGAAUAAUCUCAUAGUAAUGGCGAAGCGAAUUCGACAUAAUCUGCGAUCAAAGUCAUGUCAUAACAAAAACGUUUGCAUAUAAUUUUGCAAGAGUGUCCAAUGACAAGAUAUUCUUACGGUGUCAUAGUAACAUGUACGAUGUACAGUUACCAACGGUGAAAGUAUGGACAACUUUCGUUUUUACAGCGUUUAGAUUUUAAUCCAAGGCUAACUAUGCGGGUUUUUUUUUUAUACUUU